CGGAGGAAGAAGGAGCAGGAGCGGGAGCUGGGCGGAGAAGCGGCACGCAGGCGCCCACACGCGGACGGACACGGGAGAGAGAGAGGGAAGAUCCCAAGAGAAGCUUGGCACACGAAAGCAGAGCAGAGAGAGGGAUAUUUUCCACUUCCGAGGGGAUUAUUGAGAAUUUGCAACUAAAAGCAAAGCCUUGCAGGUGAGAGAUGAUGAUGACUCCUCCCUAGGACAUCCUACUCUGCGCCUCAAAAGACUUUCGAGACAGACGGAGAAAGCCCCCGGAUGCACCAUGGUGGGAUCAUGAAGUGUCUGACUUUCUUUCUUCUGCUUCCAGAGACCUUCAAGAAGUCCCGCAAGAAGAGCGUCCGGGCGGCGGCGGGUUCUGAGAAAGCGCCGGUGGGAAAAGGCGGGGAGAGCGAUGAGAGCGAGGCGCCCUUAGCCGCCCUCCUCCUCCUCCAGAAGAAGAUGGCUGCGGAACUUUACCCGGCCAGCGCCAACCAACAAGCCAACCAUCUCGCCAACGGGAACAACAGCAGCAGCGCCAGCAACAACAGCAACAAGAAGGCCGCGCUCCCGCUCCCGCAGAGCGCGCUCCCGCCCCCGCCUGCCCUCCCAGCCCUGCCCAACCUCAACAACAACAACGUGGAGAGCGCCAACUGGCAGUCCUUCCACCCCACGCUCCGGGAGAGGAACGCCCUCAUGUUCAACAACGAACUCAUGGCCGACGUGCAUUUUAUCGUGGGGCCCGUGGGGGCAGCCAAGAAAGUUCCUGCUCAUAAGUACGUUUUGGCAGUUGGCAGUUCUGUCUUCUAUGCCAUGUUUUACGGAGAUCUCGCAGAGGUCAAAUCUGAAAUCCACAUACCAGAUGUGGAACCUGCAGCCUUUCUGAUCUUAUUAAAGUACAUGUACAGUGAUGAAAUUGACCUGGAAGCAGACACAGUGCUUGCAACUCUGUAUGCAGCCAAGAAAUAUAUCGUCCCAGCCUUAGCAAAAGCUUGCGUCAAUUUUCUGGAGACGAGUUUAGAGGCCAAGAAUGCCUGUGUCCUCCUGUCUCAGAGCAGACUCUUUGAGGAGCCAGAGCUGACGCAGCGCUGCUGGGAAGUCAUUGAUGCCCAAGCUGAAAUGGCACUGAAAUCGGAGGGCUUCUGCGAAAUAGAUCACCAGACGCUAGAGAUCAUUGUGACACGGGAAGCGCUGAACACGAAGGAGGUCGUCGUGUUCGAGGCAGUCCUGAACUGGGCCGAGGCUGAAUGUAAGAGACAAGGGCUGCCAAUUACGCCAAGGAACAAGCGGAAUGUACUGGGCAAAGCUUUAUACUUGGUGCGGAUUCCGACCAUGACUUUGGAAGAGUUUGCUGAUGGAGCUGCACAAUCAGACAUCCUAACCCUUGAGGAACGACACAACAUUUUCUUGUGGUACACCGCUGCCAACAAGCCUAAGUUAGAAUUCCCGCUGACAAAGAGGAAAGGACUUGUGCCGCAAAGGUGUCAUCGGUUCCAAUCCUCUGCAUAUCGCAGCAAUCAAUGGAGAUACCGAGGCCGGUGCGACAGCAUCCAGUUUGCUGUAGAUAAAAGGAUAUUUAUAGCCGGACUGGGAUUGUACGGGUCGAGCUGCGGAAAAGCCGAGUACAGUGUCAAAAUCGAACUGAAGCGGCUAGGUGCUGUCCUGGCUCAGAACCUGACAAAGUUUACCUCUGAUGGAUCUAGUAACACUUUCUCGGUAUGGUUUGAGCAUCCUGUGCAGGUUGAGCAAGACACCUUUUACAACGUAAGUGCCAUUCUGGAUGGCAACGAACUCAGUUAUUUUGGACAAGAGGGGAUGACUGAAGUACAAUGUGGAAAAGUGACAUUCCAGUUCCAGUGUUCUUCAGACAGCACCAAUGGGACAGGUGUACAAGGCGGACAGAUACCUGAACUCAUUUUCUAUGCAUGAUGCAUUUCACUUAGGUUGUUAUAGUCUAGGACUGACUGCUCCACACAUUUGGGAUGCUUUGAUUUGACUUCUAAGAUUCCAGCGCAGUAUGGAAUGUGACGCUACUUACCCAUCUACUUACCUUGACCAUCUGACUAUCAAACUAAGUGAAGGAAUGCUCUUGAAUUUAAUCUUAUUUUAUUUAUUCAUAAGCUAUUUGACUUAAUUAUUAAACUGCAACAUGCAGGAGAAGAGAACAUUUUAAAAAUUGCACAUGAUGUGCAUUUAUUUUGUAUAUAGAUGACUAACUGACAGACUGCAGCUGAACUCAAACAGAAUGUUCUAAAGUAGAGCGGUUUGAGAAUCUGUUGAAUAUAAAACAUUUUUACUUGUCCUAAA